CCCCCGCGCCACUGCCAUCGCGCCCGGGCUCUGCGUUGCCCGCCCGCAAACGACGCCCUCCCGCCCCCUCCUGCUGCAGCAGACAGACCCGUGAGCAGGCGAGCGAACGACGAACAGCCCGCGCCAUGACGGCCCUCAACUCCCUGUUCUCGUUCACGUCCCCGGCGGUGAAGAAGCUGCUGGGGUGGAAGCAGGGCGACGAAGAGGAGAAGUGGGCCGAGAAGGCGGUCGACUCCCUCGUCAAGAAGCUGAAGAAGAAGAAGGGCGCCGUCGAGGAGCUGGAGCGCGCCCUCUCGUGCCCCGGACAGCAGUGCAAGUGCGUCACCAUCCCCAGGAGCCUCGACGGACGACUCCAGGUAAGGGCCUCGCGCACACCGGUUGAGAUUACCUCGGAUCUCAGGUAUCGCAAAAAUCGCUUUAUUUCGCGCGUGUAG